AAAGGGGGCACGGGUGCGCCGUCGGCGCCCCAGGGAGGAGCCAAUGGCUGGGCCUGCCACCCACACCGCCCCCAUGCUGUUCCUCGUCCUCCUGCUGCCCUUGGAGCUGAGCCUGGCAGGCGCCCUUGCACCUGGCACCCCUGCUCGGAACCUCCCUGAGAAUCACAUCGACCUCCCAGGCCCAGCGCUGUGGACGCCUCAGGCCAGCCACCACCGCCGGCGGGGCCUGGGCAAGAAGGAGUGGGGCCCAGGCCUGCCCAGCCAGGCCCAGGAUGGGGCUGUGGUCACUGCCACCAGGCAGGCCUCCAGGCUGCCAGAGGCGGAAGGGCCGCUGCCUGAGCAGAGUCCUGCAGGCCUGCUGCAGGACAAGGACCUGCUCCUGGGGUUGGCAGUGCCCUACCCCGAGAAGGAGAACCGACCUCCAGGUUGGGAGAGGGCCAGGAAACGCAGCAGGGAGCACAAGAGACGCAGGGACAGGCUGAGGCUGCACCGAGGCCGAGCCUUGGUCCGAGGUCCCAGCUCCCUGAUGAAGAAGGCGGAGCUCUCCGAAGCCCAGGCGCUGGACGCAGCCAUGGAGGAGUCCUCCACCAGCCUGGCCCCCACCAUGUUCUUCCUCACCACCUUUGAGGCAGCACCUGCCACAGAAGAGUCCCUGAUCCUGCCUGUCACCUCCCUGCAGCCCCAGGCACAGCCCAGGCCUGAUGGGGAGGUGAUGCCCACGCUGGACAUGGCCUUGUUCGACUGGACCGAUUAUGAAGACUUAAAACCUAAUGGUUGGCCCUCUGCAAAGAAGAAAGAGAAACACCGGGGUAAACUCUCCAGUGAUGGUAACGAAACAUCACCAGUCGAAGGGGAACCAUGCGACCAUCACCAAGACUGCCUGCCAGGGACUUGCUGUGACCUGCGGGAGCAUCUCUGCACACCCCACAACCGAGGCCUCAACAACAAAUGCUUUGAUGACUGCAUGUGUGUGGAAGGGCUGCGCUGCUAUGCCAAAUUCCACCGGAACCGCAGGGUUACACGGAGGAAAGGGCGCUGCGUGGAGCCCGAGACGGCCAACGGCGACCAGGGAUCCUUCAUCAACGUCUAGCGGCCCCGCGGGACUGGGGACUGAGCCCGGGAGGUUUGCACAAGCCGGGCGGUUUGUUUAUAACUAGCAGUGGGAGAUCAAGUGGGGGAACAGAUGACUGAGGCUGCAGGCUCAGGCCCAGUACACUUGACCCCAGGAGGGGAGCCACUCGACGAAUGAGCUGGGUGGGUGCCCAGGAGCCGGUCCGCAGCACCUGCACACCCACAGUCCGGUCCCACGCAGCCUCCAUCCCGCGUGUCUUGCUCUCCGCGAUGGCAAUGCCGAGAGUGCCCUCUGCUGUUCAACUCCAGCACUGCAACAGCUUCAAGUUCAAAACCAAGUGGCGUUUUUGAGAGUGGAAAAGAAAUUUAAACUUCCCGAAAGAAAGUCCACCGGCAGGAGAUGAAUAUGGAUACCAGGCACUGUGCUAAGUGCUGGAAUACAUUAUCUCACUGAAUUAUCAAAACGACCUUUUCAAGUAGGCAUUAUCACCAUGCGACAGGUUGAGGACGCUGAGGCACGCUGGAGUUAUUUAACCUGACUUGCCCAGGGUCAAUGCUCCUCAAACCUGAACAUGCUAACAGUCACCUGGAGGUCCAGUUAAAAAUGUACAUCUGGCUGAGCGCGGCAGCUCACGCUUGUAAUCCCAGCACUUUGGGAGGCCAAGGCAGGUGGAUCACCUGAGGUCGGGAGUUUGAGACCAGCCAGGCCAACAUGGGGAAACUCUGUCUCUAUUAAAAAUACAAAAGUUAGGCCAGGCGUGGUGGCACAGGCCUAUAAUCCCAGCUACUCGGAGGCUGAGGCACCAGAAUCACUUGAACUUGGGUGGCAGAGGUUGCAGUGAGCAGAGAUCGUGCCACUGCACUCCAGCCUGGGGGACAAGAGUGAAACUCCAUCUCAAAAAAAAAAAAAGCACAUCCAACUCACUGGGCUCUGUGCUCUAACAAGCUCCCACGGAAUGCAAUGCUGCUGGCCCAGGGACCCCACUGAGAGGUCCUGGGAAGUACAUGGCAGAGCAAGGACCUGAACCUGGGCCAAGGCUGUCCAGCUCCAAGGCCCACGUUCUUGCGACCCCACAACCAAGAAUUUCUUCCAGAUACUCCAAGGCUUUUGGCAAGAGAGGUUCAGACCCUGGUAGUCCCUUUCUCUGCGGCUGAAAUAGUUUGACUAUUCUCUGCCUUCCCUGGACAAAGAUGUCUCAUGUUUAAAAACAAAACAAAAUACAACUUAAGCACAUACUUGCUUGCAGGAAUGAGUUGGGCAGGUUGAUCCCUGUGGU